UCCGAGUCUCCAGCGGUGAGUCUAGCCGCUGAACGCCCAGCGCUGCAGCUCAACUGCGGGAUCCGGAGAGCUAGAAGAGUGAAGGACUCCAGAGGGUCUAUUCAGCCUCCCUUUGUUGGGAAAAAGUAAGAGUAAAACUGGAGGGGAAGAUGUCUUCACAGAAGCUACCGGGCUCUUUUGGAGUCCUGUUCCCAGGAUACUCUCUGCCCAUGAAAGCAGAGCGCAGUCGGAAUAAGGAGAGGCUGGAGGCCAGUCUGGCCGGUUUGUGUGAGCUGGAGCUGCUCAAACAAAGGCAGGAAUGCCGGGUGCUCAGCGCUCUCUGCCUCGGGGACUCUCCGGUUCCCGGGCGUCCGCCUUGGGGAGCCCUGCGGUCGGCACGCUGCGCCCUGGACGCACCGAGCGGCAGCGCGUCGGAGGACCUCAGCCUCCAAACUAGCAGUCUGCAGUGGGGUAUGAAGGCGUCUUUAGAGCAGCAGGUGGCAGAGCUGAAGGUCAGCACGGGGGCCCACUCAACAGGUUCCCCUACUGACCCACGGGAGGAAAGCCAACUGAUUUCAGGAGAGGUUCUUGCAGCCCGUAAAAAUGGAUCUCCUCAAUCAAAUUACCAUCCUUUGGUCCCUCGAUCCCUAUCAGCACCUGAGGGGACAGGGGAGACAGAGAGGGGGGAGACAUGGCUGCCAGACUCAUCAAGAUGGGCCAUGGUUAAUGAUGCUCUGGGGCAGAUGAAGGAUGUUGACCCGAGUCAGGAAGAUUAUCAACAAGCACAAAAUGUUGAGACCUAUAUAUUUGGAUUGGUCCAACGCCGAGUUCUACCCUUGCGCUCCUCAAAACCCCGAACCAGUCUGGCCCAUGAUCCCCGAGCUGCUAGUGUGGUGAGGCAGAGUAGUUUAUGCCGCAAUCAGGAGCAACAUUCAGCGAAGCAGGUGUCUGUUCAAGAGAUCACUUCUCCAUCCCAGAGUACAGAAGCUCCACAGGAUUGCCAUAACUUCGACCAGGAGCCUUACCUAGGGACAGGGUUUACUGAAGAUGCCCCACCCCCGUACCACCAGCAUCUACAGCCCAGUAUCCAGCAUCAACCAGGACUUUAUCACAGGUCAAGAAAGACAUCCAUGAUUAACAUCACCCGCUCAACAUUGCUGGACUAUCCAGCCUGCAGAGUGCUUCAGCCCCACCCAGACUCCAGCAACAGCGAACCCGAGUCACCGCAACAUUUUCACAACUACCCUUCUCCUCCAGCUCUGUCAAAGCCUCAUCAGCCACCUGAUGAGCAGCUGGUCAAUGCAGAGUAUAUCCCAGCCCAGCCUUGCCGAGCCUCCACCAGAGCGUAUGCCCAUCAUCAUUCAAACCCCCAUAAGGCGUCCGUGGUGCCUAAACCCAAUCGAACCACCUAUUCUCCAGAAAGAAGCCAUCAUCAUCAAGAGCAGCCACCCACAGCAUCCCAGAUUCAACCCUCCAGAUCUAGAGCGGGCCCAAAGAAGUGUCGCUCGAAUGAAGACAGAAAUGGGGCCAGCAGGAAGCCAGGGAAGAAGGCAUGUAGGUCUCAGUCAGAGAACAGCCUGCAAAGGGUUCCAGAACGCAAGUACAACACAGUGGAGAGGGACGGUGGAGGAAGUGGAAGUGGUGGAAGGGGAAGCCGCAGUCAAUCAAGGAGCAAGAAACAACAGCAAGGAGGGGGGGGCUGUCGGCGCUGGCAGUCCACCCUGGAACUCAGCCAAGACGAGGCUGAGCAGCCACCCAUGCAGGCACCCAUGCAAGGCUCUUCAGCUUCAAACCAAAGGGACCAUUGUGCAAGGCGAACGCGCAAAUCUCGCCCCACUCAUGCAGCGCAUGUCUACCCACCCCCUCCCCACUCCCACCAUCAUCAGCACAUGGAGUACCAGAUAGAGAGGGACCUAGUGCCGCUGUGUCCGCCUACAGAGGGCUACCCUCACCCCCGUCAGGGAGAGUCUGAGUCCAGCAUGAGCGAGGCAGACUCUCCUGAUUCCAGUACUUUGUCCAGUGACUCAGAUGAGAGUGGUGGUCUGGUUUGGCCACAACAACUACCCCCACAACUUUCCGUCCCAUCACCCUCUGCCCAACCAGGGGCACCUCUGCAGCCCAAGGCUUUUGUCAAGAUUAAGGCCUCACAUGCCCUUAAGAAGAAGAUCCUGCGCUUCCGCACUGGCUCAUUGAAAGUAAUGACCACUGUAUAAAGUGACAUGAUGAUCAGACAGAACUGAGCUUUGAAAUAUAUAGAACAAUGCAUCACAGACAUUACUGUGUACAUUUGAGUGUAACAAACUUGGUUGUAAAAUCGAAAGGAUGUUUUAGAUGACAAGACAUGAAGUAAAUGGCCAUUAUCAUAUCAGCUGUUUUUUUUAAAUGGGAUGUUAAAUGCUAUUUCAGUGUUACAUUUAGCUAAAACUCUAGGAUGAUUCAUGCUUUUUCAAAGUGUACCAUAUUUGGCCAUAUUGGCCCCCUGAAUAUCCCCAGACACGAUAGUCAUCAUAACCCAUGCUGGCAUUGUCUUUGAGCUCAGCCCAAUACACCUACCAUUAUAAGAGACACUGGGCCUCAUUCAAGAAUGUUUUGUGUCCUGAAAUAUUGUUACAUUGUAGCGCUUGUUCCUAGUGG